AAACAUCUCAGAAGAGAGGGAGGAGAGACAGAAGAACAACUAAGUCCCUUUUGCUCUUCUUCGUUCCUUCCUUUUCCUUUUUUUCACAGUUUCCCUUCUCUUCACAAUCACUGUACCGAAUUCCAUCUCUGUACGGUUUUUCUUCUACAGUUUCUCUAUUUCUCUCUCUACGUUUAUGCGCAUCCAGUUACUCUCGAUUUCAUUUUUUUCGGUUUAAAGAAAAUCAUCGGUGUGAAUCUCGAGCUAAGCAAUUACAUAUUCUGUUUAUAAUCUGAUACCGAAAAGGUGUCGAAUUGGUUUUUGGAUCUGAAAUUUCUUUAAUUAGUCUUGAUUUUGUGAAAUUUGUGGGACUUUUGGAGUGUGAUUGCUGGAUUAAGCUUCAAAAGAUUGGUUCUUUUUUAGAAAUAAAAAGUGGUUUUUAAAAAAAUUGAUGGGGGAGGGUGAGGAAGGCGAAUUCCCUCCAAAAAAAGUGCAAUCGGACACGCAAGGCGGCGCCGGUGAUUUCCCGACGAAGAAGCUCGCUAGACAGCUCGAUUUCACCGCCGGUUUUGGUGGAACUGUGGUUUUGCCUGAGCACCCACAGCCGCAAGCCGUGGUGCCAAUUACUCAGCCGCAGCCGCAAACUGUUGCACCACCUCUGCCACCGUCCACGCUUACCGCGCAGCCAUCAGUGAGGGUUGUAAAACCAGAAUCCCCAAAAUCAAGACCAAGACCCAAUGUUGACGUCAAAGAGAGUACUCCAAAGAAGCAAAAACAGUGUAACUGUAAACAUUCACGUUGCUUGAAGUUGUACUGUGAGUGCUUUGCAUCUGGAAUUUAUUGUGAUGGAUGCAAUUGUGUAAAUUGUCAUAACAAUGUUGAAAACGAAGCUGCUAGGCGAGAAGCUGUUGAUGCAACUUUAGAGCGUAACCCAAACGCAUUCAGGCCAAAAAUUGCUAGCAGCCCACAUGGAACACGGGAUACUAGGGAGGAGACAGGGGAAGUUUUAAUGCUGGGAAAGCACAACAAGGGAUGCCACUGCAAGAAAUCGGGGUGUCUUAAAAAGUACUGUGAAUGCUUCCAAGCUAACAUUCUCUGCUCUGAAAACUGCAAAUGCAUGGACUGCAAGAACUUUGAAGGAAGUGAAGAGAGACAAGCUCUCUUUCAUGGAGAUCAUGCCAACAACAUGACUUACAUUCAGCAGGCGGCAAAUGCUGCCAUAACUGGGGCUAUCGGUUCAUCUGGCUAUGCAUCUCCACCUGUAGCUAAAAAGAGAAAAGGCCAGGAUCUCUUCUUUGGGUCAACAGCUAAGGAUCCAUCAAUACACAGGCUUGGACAUUUUCAACAGGCAAACCAUAUUCGAGCUUCUGUGUCCUCGACCUUAUCUUCUGUUCCUGUCACUCGUUCUGGUAGCACUGCAGCAAUGGGCCCUUCGAAAUUCACAUAUAGGUCUCUCUUAGCAGACAUUAUCCAACCACAGGAUUUGAAGGAACUUUGCUCAGUUUUGGUGGUUGUAUCAGAAGAAGCUGCAAAGACACUUGCAGACCAAAGAAAUGCAACAGAAAAGCAGGCUGAAGAUCAAACAUCAACUUCCUUUGCUGCAUCAACUCAAGAAAGGAUAAAAACCGAGAAAGAUUCAGAUGUUGAGAGAAUUGUGACUGAUGAUUGUUCAAGUGCAAACCAGGCUGAUAAAGUUGGCCCGGAAGAUUCCAAUUCAGAUGGUGCUGAUAUGCCAAAAGGAAGGCCAAUGUCUCCUGGAACUCUGGCAUUGAUGUGUGAUGAACAAGAUACAAUAUUUAUGGGAGCUUCUUCUCCUAGUAGGCUAGCUGGACAUGGCUGCAACACAUCUUCACAGUUGUCUUAUGGACAAGGCAUAACAGAAGUUUAUGCCGAGCAGGAAAGGAUUGUUUUAAUGAAGUUUCGGGAUUGUCUCAAUAGGCUCAUCACCUUUGGAGAAAUAAAAGAAACGAAGUAUUCAUCAUUAGGCAGGACUGAUUUAGGGAGUCAAAAAGAUGCACUCAGCAAUGGCAUGCCAAAUGGAAGAACGGAAAUGGGGAAUCAUCAAGCACCUGUCAACAAUGGUGUACCAAAAACCUUUGGUCUACCUACAGCCAAAACAUCUCAGAUGGUCACUACAACAGUUGCCUCCUCUAAUAACGAUUUUCCAAAGAUUCCAGUUCUUCAUGGAGAUAAAGAUACUAAAACCAAGACGGAAAACAAGAUGUAAAAAGAUACUAACACAGCAGAUCAGCCAGAGGUAUGCACUCCAUGUCUGUUAUACUACACCAUUGAUCAUUCCGGCUUCCUCUUUGAUGCAAUCCCCAAGAAAGCAUUGGGCCUCAUUGUUGGAACUUACCGUGAUCUGAUUUAUUUCUUCCGUUAUUAAUAUUAUUUAUAAAUCAAAAUUUCAUUUUCUACCACUAUUGGAGUCAAAAAAUGCACAUGAACGACAUUAUUACUACAUGCCAAUGACCAUCAUAGAUUGUACUUGUAGAUGCUAGGAAAUUCCCUGGUCCUCCAUUCACCUUUUUUUAGGGAAAACAAAGAAAAAGAACCAUUUCAAUAAUUUUUCAUUGAAUAUGUAACUUAAUUCCAUUGAAGAGUAAUUGCAUUGUUUUAUAUGUUUAUGGUCCAAUUUAAAUGGAAGGGGAUGAAUCAUCUUUGUAACGAGAUAGGAAUGAAGUGCCAGUUUAUUAAUCCAUU